AUGUCUGCCAAGAUAUCUCUCCUGGAGAGAGAUUAUACAGCCAAUUGCCUGUGCAACACCAAGCUGGGUCGCGGCGAAUUGACCAUGAAGCUCAAUAUCAAACCCGAUAUCGUUCUCCGCAGCGUCAAGACUUUGACAGCGAAGUUGUCAUUGCGGCCCAUACCAAUGAAUGACGAGAAUGCGUGGCCCUUGCAAAUCGGCCACAUCGAUGCUUUCAUCAUCAAUAAGACUAUGCCUAGUACCUACAUGCCGAGUCAAGGCGGUCCAAAAACUGGAGGCAAGUGUAAGAGUAAAGCAUGGAAGCAGGAUCUCCUGGAAUCUGACUUAUCCGAACCCAGCACUGACAUAGCCCCUCGCAGCAUGACCAUGCUCUUCCACCCUGACGGUCGUCCCAAGACAUCAGCAGAGUUCUCUGCUCGCGCAUUGCGGAGGCGAGAGCUCUGCUAUAUUAGCUACCUCUUCCUCGAACGUGAAUACCGACGAUCGGGACUUGGCAGUGUGGUUCUGAACCUCCUGCUCUCUGCACUGCCGCGACUGAAGUCUCAUGACUGCUUCUCGGGUCCAGUCUGGUUGACUCCAGGUAGCGUGGAUUUAUAUGUCCCGGAUGAUGAGUAUUUCAGCGUGGCCGGGGCGGAGAGGAAGGCGCUGAUACAGAGGAAGGAAGAUGAGAAUUUGGAGAGGCUGGUAGCUUUUUAUAAGAAGAAUGGGCUUUCAGUAUGGGCUGAACUGAGGGAGGAACUGGAGGAGUCUUGUGUGAUUAUGGGCGUCCCUCUAAUCUGCUCUGAGGAUAAGCGAUUGGUAGAAUCUCCUUGA